AUGGAGGACGAGAAGGAGGAGAAGCAUAUGAGCGAUGAGGAAAUUAUUUUAAACCCUGAUGGUCAAAACCCUAAUAUUAAUGGAGGCAAUAGAGUGAGUAAUGAUUAUGGUGGUGGUUCAGCUGAGCCUCAUGAUAUGCAUAGUGAACUUUAUGCCAUUCAUGGGAAUGCUUAUUUUGACUUCUUUCCGCCGGGUUAUCGUUUCAAGCCUAAUGACGAUGAGUUGGUGGUACACUACUUGAAGAAGAAGAUUCUGAAUGAGCGUUUGCCCCCCAAUCGGAUCGAGGAAGUGGAGCUUUAUAAGAGGAAUCCUCAGGACCUUGCAGAUAAUUACAUUUCCCAUGGAGAUAAGGAAUGGUAUUUCUUUACACCAAGAGAUAGAAAAUACAAGAAUGGAGAGAGGCCUAAUCGUUCUGCAGGAGAUGGAUACUGGAAGGCUACUGGAGCUGAUAGACCUGUCAACCAUAAUGGGGUUCAAGUGGGAUCUAGGAAGGCUUUGGUCUUCUACAAGGGAAAGCCUCCAAAGGGUGACAAAACUGACUGGAUUAUGCAUGAAUUUAGAGUCGAGAAUCUCCCCAAAAGAAAAAGGGCUGAAGUUGAAAACGAUAUGCGCCUGGAUGAUUGGGUUUUGUGUAGGCUAUACAAGAAGGUUGACAAAAAUUCCAAGGUUUCAGGUCGUCCAAGAGACGGUGAAGUCCCGCAUCAAGAACCUGAAAAUGAAGUUCCUCUUCAGGUUCAGGUUCCUCAGCAAAUGCCCAUACUAGAAGAACAAAAAAUGCUGCAUCAAGAAGGCUUCAGUAUGCUUGAAGACCUUGUAUCCUUUGGUGAAAUAUUUAGUCCCUACUACGAGGCAAAUCCAAUGGGGUUGUAUCAUAUUGAUAAUUCUCUAUUUUUUCAAAGCUGUCAAAGCAGCCUUAUUGGAGGCUCUCAGACAUUGCGCUUUCAGAUUGGGCAGAAUCCGAUGAUUCACCAGAUGAUUCCUGGUAAUCGACUGUUGCCUGCCGAACCAUAUUCUUGUGCAGAUAAUAUAAAGUACGAGCAUUUUAAUGACUACCACUCAGAUGAACUUUUGAAUAAUUCACCAGUCCAUCAGGAAUAUAAUGCUACUGAGCCGAUGGUUUCCGGCUACAAGGGGCCUCCCAACUCUGUCAGUGAUGAUCAAGGGGCUUCAAAAUAUGUCGUUUCUCCAUCCUUCAAUGAUGAUAGGCAGCUGAAAAAGCCGAAAAUGCAUCUCUAG